GUGGUUGUAGGUUUGGUUCUGGAAAGAUGGAGGCGGCGAAGUGGAAGCGCAGUGCCUGAAGCCCCCCUGGUUUUUGAGACCUGCCGUGCUCACCGGCUGGUGUCUCCGCAGGGCCAUAAGUAUAAACUGAUGGUCUCCCUGCCGCUGCAUUACAGCACGCCCGAUGCUGUACAGACUCGUCAUCCUGUGGUGUAUGCCCUUGAUGCGGAGCCCUACCUGUUUCCUCUACUGGCAACCGCAGCUCGAACUGAGCAUUUCUUCAAGAGAACAACCUGGUAUCCUGAUCUGAUAGUUGUUGGCAUAGUGGCUGACAUUGAGGAAGAAUUCCGAAAUUCUGAGGGCUUCCUGGACGUUAGAGGCCUAUGGGACGCCUUGCGCCCGACACGCGCAAGGGAUUACCUGCCAACGGCUGCGGAGAGCCCCUGGGGUGCUCCUGGGGCUGUGCCGCUUAAGGAUGUUUCGGGGCACGCGACUACCUUCGUCCGCUUCUUGGCAUCGACGGUGGUACCUUUUGUGGAUGCUACCUAUCGCACGCUGGAGCAGCGCGCUUUAAUUGGCAAAUCCUUUGGCGGUUCCGGCGUUGCCCAUGCCAUCCUGGAUGAAGUGGCAUCAACUGUCUUCCACUACUUCCUCCUGGGCUCACCAUCACUUGCCUGGGAUGACAAGGCUUUCUUCCGCCUGGAAGAGGAGAGCAGCAAGACAAGACCUCCCAUUUCUGCUGGCGUGUACGCUGCAUGUGGCUCAAAGGAGGAGGCCCAGAUGCAGACCUUGCAGGACUUCAAAAGGGUUCUGGAGAGCCGAGGGCAUCCCAACCUGUCAGUGACCGUGGAGGUU